UUGUAAAUUAGAAUUUGGAAUAUGUCACAGAAAUGGCGACAACUAUGUUCAAUACUUCAUCUGUAUACAAGGAAAUGAAUAUACCAGCCAAAGUUACCUGGCUCAUGAACGACAUAAUAUGAAACAGACUAUAUACCUCGUGAUUUCGGACGAGACUGGCCUACUUUCUGUGUCCAACAAACAAUACUGGUAAAUUAGCUCCCGAGGUUUGGAUUAUAGCUUUGAAUGUCCACAGCAGCAGUUUUAUUCACGGGUGUAUACAUAAACUGCUCGAAACAAUGGAACAAGUGGAUUUCGCCAUAUGUGGUGGCCAAAUCGUUAAUCCUGCCACAGGCCUCGAUGGAAGGGGGAGUGUAGGUAUACGCAAUGGGAAAAUUGCAGUGAUCGACAUGGACUCGUCCGUAACCUAUGACCCUCAGCAUGUGGUCCGCGCUGACGGGUACAUUGUGAUUCCUGGGAUGAUCGAUUGUCACGUGCACGCCUAUCAACAUGCAACUCCGUUAGGCAUAAAUAUCGAUGAUCAUUGUCUUGCACGUGGCGUCACGACUGCUGUCGACGCUGGUUCGGCAGGUUCGUCAACAUUUCCUGGAUUAAGGAAGUUCAUCGCAGAGAGAAGCCAUACUCGGCUUCUGGCGUUCCUUCAUAUAGCUUCCCAUGGACUUGCGUCAGCGGGCUGUUCGGCAGGGGCCGCGGGUGGCGAGUGCGACCAUCUGAACCAGGUGAAUGUGUCCGAGUGUGUCCGAUGUGUCACACAGAACACAGACAUGAUUGUGGGGGUCAAGGUCAGGGUGUCGCAGAGUUGCACAGACAAUGGCAGGAUAGAGGAGGAGGUAUACAGGAGAGCUCUGGCCGCUUCAACCGAGAGCGGGGUCCCACUCAUGGUGCACCACACCAUAUCCACAGUCCCAGUCGCAAGGGAAGAAGGCAAACUGUCCUGUCCUUUAGACAUGAACCCUGGUGAUAUCUACACACAUGCAUUCAUGCCCCAUGUGUCGACGAUCCUCGACCAGGACAAGAAAGCUGUUCAUCCUGAUGUGUGGGAAGCCAGAAGAAAGGGGAUCUAUUUUGACAUUGGACAUGGCGCUGGUUCGUUCAGCUGGACAGUGGCCGAGAUAUGCACCCGCGAAGGGUUCUGGCCUGACACCAUCAGCUCUGACCUCCACUGUGAAAAUGUGGACGGCCCAGCAUACGACCUUGCAACAGUCAUGACCAAGAUGUAUGCCCUUGGCAUGUCUCUCAAUGAUGUCAUCGCCUCUGUGACGUCAAAACCUGCUUCCGCCAUCAAACGGUCUGAAUGUCUUGGAUCUCUCCAGGUGGGAAGGGAGGCUGAUAUCACCAUGUUGAAGAUUGAGGAAUGUGACAUCGACUUGGAGGACUGCUAUGGUCAAGUUCGGAGGGUAAAGAAACGGAUUGUUCCAGUCGGGGUCUGGCGAAACGGCAAGCGGUUUGACGUGUCACCAAAUCCAAAUUGUCCCAACAUUGACAGUAUCAAAAAUGGUAUAAACGCAUGGGAUGGCACUGAUGUUCGGGAUGCCACAAAACCCUCGUUGUCAUAGAGUCACAUGAAUGUCAUGAGAUACAGAAAGUUAUUUAUAUACUUAUCAGCCAUUAUCUUAUUACAGAGAUAAUCAGGGAGUCAUUCUAUUUGAGAAAACACAAUUGUUUACGUUUGUUUCGAUUACCAUGCAGGAUCUACCUCAACUCACAAACAUGGAGGUCCCGGGGACCCCUAAUUAUUAUUGCUGGCAAUUUGCUUAACGCAAUCCUAUAUUUUUUUACGUUUAGACAUGAAAGAUAAAUUUCGGCGUCAAAAGUACAUUUAAACAUCUUAUAAUACAAACAUUUACUGGAAAGUGAUAACUUUUCAAACCAUUCUUGCAAAUAGAUAUCUUUUAAUCUGCGUGUUAGUUCUAAAAGAAACUUACCCUCAGCAUCAACAUACUGAUCGUUCCAUACAAAACCAAACCCUUUCGAAAAUAGAAAAUUUCUAACAGAAGAAACCCAAUUUGUGUGUCCAUUUUUAUCGAAUAGCAUCAUCAUAUUGUAACAUUUCUUUGGUAGCCUAUAGGAAGGCAUCUUCAAUAAUUUUAACCAGUAUUUUAUAACUCUGGGUAUUUACCAUAUUCUCCAUACACCAUUGUAUUCAUCGUAUUGGAUUUAACACCAAUUGAACUCUUUCGAUAUCAUUGUAAUAAUUCAAACCCCAUAUUUCGGCUCCAUACAAUAAAAUUGGCUUAAUUUUGGCAUCGAAUAUUUUAAAGUAUGAACUUAUAUCUAUGUUUCCAAGAACAUUUAAUUGUUUAAGGAUACCUAUCAUGACAUUUUGUGCUUGCAAACAAGCGUAAUUAACAUGUGCUGUCCAAGAUAAACAAUUACUGAAGAACAUUCCCAAAUAUUUGUACGAUCUGGUGCAUUCUAAUUCUUUCCCUUCAUACAACCAUUUCUCGUUUUUUUAUAAACGUCCCCCCUUUUUAAAAGCUACUACUUUAGUUUUAUUUCUAUGUACAGUUAAUUUGUAUUUGUCACAAUAAUUCUCAAGUUCUUGUAUAAGUCUUUGUAAACCUGCAAAAGUGCUUGAGAAUAGCACGAUAUAGUCUGCAAAGAGCAGAAGAAAAAUAUGUACUAGGUCAUUGGGUUGCUAAUUCAUUUAUGAAAAAUGAGAAUAAAAAUGGGCUAAGUAUACAGCCUUGUCUUACCCCGAGUUGUAGUUCCAAAGAAUCUGAGAAUUCAUUGUUAUUCUUAACACAAGCUUUAACAUUUUCAAUAUUGUGUGUCACUCUCUACAUUUGUGUGUCACUGUACUGGACACACAUUUGCAUGUCGCGUAAAACCCUGACCAUGAUAAGAUAGACAAUGUGGUAGAACACUGAAUUUGAGGCAAUGAUCAGCACAGCCAUAUUUUGUUCAUUCCAGGUCUUGAGGAGAAAUUAUUAUGGGACACAUACAGAGUAUAAUUUUUGUGAUUUUAUAUUGUGAUACUUCUGUAAUUCAGUACAUCAGUACUUAAAUAUUCCUGUCAACGAGAUCAUUAUUGAUUGUAUAUUAUUUUAUUAUUUAGUCAUGGUAUUACUUACUGGAAUUUAUAAAUGUUUGAUUUGUUUCAUCAUACAAACAUAAAACAUAUUUAUAUUUGAUCAAAGUGAAAUAAAUAUACUGCCACGUUUA